ACCGACAUCCUAAACAGAACGGGCUUACGUGGUCACACACAUUCGAUUACCGUGAUUAAAAUUAGUAACCAUAUGAUUCAGUGUGUGGCGCUGUCGGAGACUGUGGGUCAGGCCUUUAUGCUCCUCCAUGUCCUCCCCAGUUAUCUGGGAUAGCCUGUGCCGCGAUCCCUGCAGUUCAGCUUGACCCCAGAGACAGCUGUUCCUGCGGGAAGGCUUGCCGGGGGGUUUGGCGCAGAGGGCAUUGUCUUCAGCCUGAGCAAUACGGCUGGGGAUAUUAAAGCCAAGUUGAAUUUAAUUUUAAAGAGUAAUGACACGCAGCCGUGGACGCAGGGCCAGGGACACAGGCUCCCACAGACGGCAGCGUCCGGGCCCUUGAGCUGCCAGCGCUCGGCGCCAGAGAAGCGGCUGAAACAACAACAGCUCAGCCACAGCUGCAGUGCGGGGUCUCCCGCGGCCGUCGCCGCAGUGUCGAGCACCAUCCGCACAGAGUGCCGAGCCGGGGCCGGGGCCGGGGCCGAGGCGGAGAGGAUGGACAACUCUGUGUUGCAUUGCGUCACAUGAUGUGUUGAGCUUGAAAUUGCCGUGGCGGUGCUGCCCGGUGCGGCCAUGCAAAUACAGGACCGUUUCAUGUCAUGAUAUUUCAAUUUACUUGCAGAGAGUGACACGGGGACUGACUGCAUGUGCUAGCGCGGCAGGCGUGUGCGUGAUCCACGCCCACUGUACACACCGACAACAGGUCGGACCGGUGCUGGCUGACUCUUAAUUAGAGCAGCAGUUGUUAGGCGCAGGAGUGAGCUGGGCUCCUCUGUGUCUGUCCGGCAGUGCACUGUAGUCGGCUUUAUCGAUGAUCAAUUAUCAUUAAUUCGGAUUUGCGCAGUCGGCGCUGGUUGUGAUGAAGUGCGCAGCGUGUCGCUCUCUCUGGGUGCAGCAGGACAAUCGACACGGAGGCCUCGCUACAUAAAACCGGCGCCUACAGCCGAGGUUCAAGGUUUCGUUGUUUUUUAUAGUUCAGUUUCCUUGUUAUCGGUAGCUGCAAUGCAUCACAGACGUGUCACCACGCCUGUGGCUGAAGGCGCUGCGGUCCCGUAUAGCUAAACUGCUGGGCUCUGUCGCUGUUCGCCCGGGAGAGGCGUGUGACAGUGGGAACAGAGAGGGACAGAGAGUUGUUUACACAGUGAACGCCUGCGGUUGACGGGAAUUCCCACUGCCGUAUCCAUUGCCUGUUCGGCGGCCGGGGUUUCGAGCGCGUUCCGCAGUGAUGGAGGCGGGGGACAGCGGCUCCACGGCCGGGCUCAUGAGCCGGUACCAGGGUUCGGCCCGGGGGACCGGGGUGCCGGAGGAAGGCUGGCGGAUCUGCCUGGCGCACGAGUUCAAGGAGAAGAGGAAGCCCUUCCAGGCGCGAGACGUGUCGCUGGCCAACAUAGUGGAGCACCUGGGGCUGGGGGUCAGGUACCUGAGGUGGUGGUACAGGAAGACUCAAGUGGAGAAGAAGGCUCCUUUCAUUGACAUGUUUAACGCCCUCCCCCUGAGACAGAUCUAUGGUGCCCCUAUGGGAGGGUUUGGAGGAGGUACCAUCACUCGAGGUUGGAGGGGGGAGUUCUGCAGGUGGCAGCUGAACCCUGGAAUGUACCACUACAAAACAGUUAUUGCUAACCAGUUCACAGUGUGCCUGCGGCGCGGAGGACAGACAGUGUACCAGCAGGUGCUCUCGGUAGAGCGCCCCCCCACGCUGCAGGGUUGGAACUGGGGGUACUGUGGCAGCUACGCCUUCUACCACGCCCUGUAUCCCCGUGCCUGGACUGUCUACGACCUGCCGGGGCAGAACGUCACGCUCACCUGCCGGCAGGUGUCUCCCGUCAUACCACACGACUACCAGGACUCAAGUCUCCCAGCUGCCGUGCUGGUUUGGGAUGUGGAGAACAGGAACGACUUUGCCCUGGAGGUCACCAUCAUGUUCACCAUGACCAACGGGACAGGCCACAAGGAUGACAAGAUAGGGGGCCACUGGAAUGAGCCGUUCCACCUGGAAAAGGACGGGGAGGCUGUGUCUGGGGUCCUGCUUCACCACUGCACCCCUGUGAACCCCUACACCCUGGCCAUCGCAGCACGAGAGCAGCCGGGCAGAGAGAUCAGCCACCAGACGUCCUUCAGUCCUCAGGGGACGUGCAGUGCGCUGUGGAGUGACCUCAUCACUGACGGGCAGCUGGGCUCCCCUGAUGGCCCUAGUCCUCCCACUCAGAAAGGAGAAAAGGUGGCGGCAGCUCUAGCGGCUCGGUGUACGGUGGCUGCAAUGGGCCAAAACAGCCUGGAGUUCAGUCUUGCCUGGGACAUGCCCAAGGUGACCUUCGGUGCUGGAGAGAGAGAGCACCUCAGGCGGUACACACGUUUUUUUGGGGGUAGUGGAGACGCAGCACCGGCACUCAGCCUAUAUGCUCUGACCCGGUACCGAGACUGGGAGAGGCGCAUUGAGGACUGGCAGAGACCCAUCCUACAGGACAGGUCCCUGCCCAGCUGGUAUAAGUCCGCUCUGUUCAAUGAGCUGUACUUCUUGGCUGAUGGGGGCACAGUGUGGGUGGAGCUGCGCCCAGACUGUGACAUUAGCGGGGGGCUGCGCAGCGAAGAGGGGGGGCUGCCUGCACAGCCAAACAUCAUCCGAGAGUACGGGCGCUUCGCCUACCUGGAGGGUCAGGAGUACCGGAUGUACAACACCUAUGAUGUUCACUUCUAUGCUUCCUUCGCGCUCAUCAUGCUGUGGCCCAAACUGGCCCUCAGUCUGCAGUACGACAUGGCGGGCUGGGUGGUGCAGGAAGACAGCACUCAGAGGCUGCACCUGAUGAGCGGACUUGUGUCUCCUGCCAAGACCAGGAAUGUCGUCCCACAUGAUAUUGGAGACCCAGAUGAUGAGCCCUGGCAGCGGGUCAAUGCCUAUCUGAUCCACGACACAGCGGACUGGAAAGACCUCAACCUGAAGUUUGUGCUCCACGUCUACAGAGACUUCCAUCUUACUCAGGACCAGCAGUACCUGCAGGACAUGUGGCCUAUCUGCCAGGCUGUGAUGGAGUCAAUGAUGCGCUUUGACAAGGAUUCCGACGGUCUCAUCGAAAACUCAGGCUACGCUGACCAGACUUAUGAUGGCUGGACCGUGACUGGACCCAGUGCGUACUGUGGGGGCCUGUGGCUGGCAGCAGUAUGUGUGAUGUAUAAGAUGGCCAGGCUGCUGGACAAGGAGCCGGUGUACAAUCGCUACAGAGACCUGCUGGACAGGGGCAGCUCCGCCUUUGACAGACUGCUGUGGAAUGGUCAGUACUAUAACUAUGACAGCAGUGGCCGGGUGUUCUCCAACAGCGUGAUGUCAGAUCAGUGCGCAGGACAGUGGUUCCUGCGGGCAUCUGGACUGGGUGAAGAUGAGUUCCAGGCGUUUCCCGUGGAGAAGGUGCGCCGGGCUUUGAAGACCAUCUAUGAGCUGAACGUGAUGCAGUUCGCCGGGGGCCAGAUGGGAGCCGUCAAUGGGAUGCGCCCAGAGGGCGUGCCAGACAGCUCCAGCGUCCAGUCGGACGAGGUGUGGGUGGGCGUAGUCUACGGGCUGGCGGCUACCAUGAUCCAUGAGGGGAUGUUGGAGGAGGGGCUGAAGACAGCAGAGGGAUGUUACCGCACAGUGUGGGAACGCCUGGGCAUGGCGUUUCAGACGCCAGAGGCCUACUGUGAGAAGGGCAUCUUCCGCUCGCUUGCCUACAUGCGGCCUCUCAGCAUCUGGGCCAUGCAGCUGGCCCUGGACCAGAGAGCGGGCCAGCCCAGGGACUCGGAGAGCCAGGCAGCUGGUCAGGACGCUGCAGAGCCUGCAGCCAGGACAGAGGGCGAGGCCGUACAGGCUGUCCCACGCACACAAGCUUUCUCUCCUGAGACUGUUAUUGACACUGCACAAGUUGUCCAGUGUCAGAGGGCCAGUGAGCAGGACCCAUGAACCAGGAAGGGGUAGAGCCACAGUAUGGCACAGUGACAUAUCUGGACACCCCCAUGGCCCUCUGUCUCUACCUCUGCCAGCAUUACUUCACAGAGCUCAUCAGUCCGCCUCUCCUGAUCUCCUUGUCCUCUCUGCUCCCUCACAGGGCUUAUCAGUCUACCUCUGCUGAUCUUGUUUUGACCUCUCUGCUCCCUCACAGAGCUCAUCGGUCUACCUCUCUUGAUCUCUUUCUGUCCUUCUCCCUGCUCACUCACAAGCUCCUUUCAGAUCUCCUCUCCUUGUCAGUCAUCCUCUCCCUGCCUUUGCUCUCUGCUCUCCCUGUGUGUGGUGUGGUUGAUGACUCUGUGCACAAGGGCUGGAGUCAAGCUCUGUGUCAGCAGCUGUCCGUGUCUCACAGGCACAACCAGCUUCUGCCCCUGGCAGUGCAAGAGCAGGCUGCAUGCCCGGUGAUCACCUGACUGCUGUUCUCAGAAUGACUGCUGGCGCCAGGUGUGGCUGCAGAAUGAGUGAAAAUGCACAAUCCUUAAUCCCAGUGCACCUCAUCCAUAGUCACUGACUCCAAGUCAGCAUGUUUUUAUUCAGAUCACUGGAAGUGUCAGGAACCUGGAUGACUUUAAAGUCACACACUGUGCACCACAGGGUGAGGCUGUGUUAAUAUCUCCCCUCCAGCCCUGAGGAAACCCCUCACAGGGAUGUUGAUGAGCUACAUUUGGUACUCUCUAUGGUUUUAUGACUAUAAAUGAACACUUGAAGUUUUAGGUGAACUCUGCUGUUUCCAGUUCUGCUGUACAGUGUGGGUUAUGGAGUGGUUGGAAGUUUUUUUGUGUGUUUGUAGACAUUAUGUUUUUAGAUAAUCUGGCAGGUAAUAUGUGAAAUGUUGUAUAUCAAUCCAGAGCUUUCCAAGCAAAUAAAAAUGAAUGAAUACCUUCA